CAAAUACCGAGCAAAUCAGAACCCAGCCACUUCCAGUCAAGUGAAUGAUUCCUGGGAAAGGCGCAUGCGCUCUCAUUGCAGACUCGGCAUUUGUGGAAGAGGAGCAUCUGUCCCAGUCUGCAGGGUUUUUUUUAACCAGAGGAAACUGGUUUGAGAAAAUUGUGAAAUCAGCAUUGAAAUUUGUUACCUACUCCAAUCAAGAUUUGCAAACUACAAAAAAAAGUUCUGAAGGUUUCACCUAUAAAUAUAUACCAAGAAAAUUUCAGAUAAGAAUGUCCAGCAAGGAGGUGAAGACUGCUCUAAAAAGUGCUAGAGAUGCAAUCAGAAACAAAGAAUACAAAGAAGCUUUGAAACACUGUAAGACAGUGUUAAAACAAGAGAAAAAUAACUAUAAUGCCUGGGUUUUUAUUGGUGUUGCUGCAGCUGAACUAGAACAACCUGAUCAGGCCCAGAGUGCCUAUAAAAAAGCUGCUGAAUUAGAGCCAGACCAAUUACUAGCUUGGCAGGGGUUAGCAAACUUGUAUGAGAAAUAUAAUCACAUAAAUGCUAAGGAUGACUUACCCGGUGUUUACCAAAAGCUCCUGGAUCUUUAUGAAAGUGUUGACAAACAGAAGUGGUGUGAUGUCUGCAAGAAACUUGUGGAUCUAUAUUACCAAGAAAAGAAACACCUGGAGGUGGCUCGAACAUGGCACAAGUUGAUAAAAACACGGCAGGAAGAAGGUGCAGACAACCAAGAGCUUCAUCAGCUAUGGAGAAAAUUGACUCAGUUCCUGGCUGAAAGUACGGAGGACCAGAAUAAUGAAACUCAACAAUUGCUUUUAACUGCUUUUGAGAAUGCACUGGGAUUAUCAGAUAAGAUUCCUAGUGAAGAUCACCAAGUGCUUUAUAGGCAUUUCAUUCAGAGUUUAUCCAAAUUGCCUCAUGAGACUGCUAGACUGAAGAAGGCCUGUGAAGAAAUGAUAAACAUUUAUCCUACUGUACAGUAUCCCUUAGAAGUGCUUUGUUUGCAUUUAAUUGAAUCAGGAAAUCUUACUGAUGAGGGACAGCAGUAUUGUUGUAGAUUAGUGGAAAUGGAUUCAAAAAGUGGUCCAGGCCUCAUUGGCUUAGGCAUUAAAGCAUUGCAAAACAAAAAGUAUGAAGAUGCUGUUAGGAACCUAACAGAAGGGUUAAAGGAAAGCCCUGUCUGCACAAGUGGAUGGUAUCAUCUGGCAGAAGCCCAAGUCAAAAUGCAUAGACCUAAAGAAGCUAUUCUUUCAUGCAGUCAAGCUCUGAAGAUCAUAGAUAAUCUUGGUGCGUCUGGUGACCGUCUUUAUCGUGACCGUCUUUAUCAGAGGAAUCUUUGUCUUCGUUUGAAAGCAGAGGCUUUGAUUAAACUCUCAGAUAAUGACUCUUCAGAGGAAGCAAUUCGUACUCUUGAUCAGAUUUCUGAUGCAGAUAAUAUCCCAGAACUUUUGGUUCUCAAAAGCUUGGCCUAUCGGAACAAAGGUUCAUUAGAUGAAGCUACAAAGAUUAUGGAGGACCUUCUCUCUUCUUACCCUGAGCUGGCUGAAGUUCAUGCCCUUGAGGCUUUGAUUCAUUUCACCAAAAAGGACUAUCUACAAGCAGAAAAAUGUUUUCAGACAGCUCUUGAGAAAGAUACUGAAGUUGCAGAAUAUCAUUACCAACUUGGAUUAACAUAUUGGUUCAUGGGUGAAGAGACAAGAAAAGAUAAAACAAAGGCUCUUACCCACUUUCUGAAGGCUGCAAGACUGGAUACAUAUAUGGGCAAAGUUUUCUGCUAUUUAGGUCAUUAUUAUAGAGAUGUAGUGGGAGAUAAAAACAGAGCUCGUGGAUGUUAUAGGAAAGCCUUUGAAUUAGAUGACACUGAUGCUGAAUCUGGAGCUGCAGCGGUUGACUUAAGUGUGGAGCUUGAAGAUAUGGAAACUGCUUUAGCUAUCCUAACAACAGUAACUCAAAAGGCAAGUGCUGGAACGGCAAAAUGGGCCUGGCUUAGGCGAGGACUAUACUAUUUGAAAGCUGGUCAGCAUUCUCAAGCAGUGGCUGAUUUACAGGCAGCAUUAAGAGCAGACCCAAAGGACUUCAAUUGUUGGGAAUCAUUAGGAGAGGCAUACUUAAGCAGAGGAGGCUACACAACAGCUUUGAAGUCCUUCACAAAGGCCAGUGAGCUGAACCCAGAAUCCACAUACAGUGUGUUUAAGGUUGCAGCAAUACAGCAAAUCCUAGGCAAAUAUAAGGAGGCUGUAGCUCAAUACCAGAUGAUCAUUAAAAAGACAGAAGAUUAUGUGCCUGCUUUAAAAGGUUUGGGUGAAUGCCAUCUUAUGAUGGCAAAAGAAGCUCUAGUUGAUUAUCUUGAUGGAAAAGCUGUAGACUACAUAGAAAAAGCACUGGAAUAUUUUACUUGUGCUCUACAGCAUCGAGCUGAUGUGUCCUGCCUCUGGAAGCUAGCGGGGGAUGCUUGUACCUGUCUGUAUGCUGUCUCACCAUCUAAAGUGAAUGUUCAUGUUUUAGGAGUCCUUCUAGGUCAGAAAGAAGGAAAACAAGUAUUAAAGAAAAAUGAGCUCCUCCACCUUGGAGGAAGGUGUUAUGGUCGUGCAUUAAAACUGAUGUCUACGUCUCAUACAUGGUGUGAUCUUGGAAUUAAUUAUUAUCGCCAAGCAAAACAUCUAGCAGAAACAGGCAGCAACAUGAAUGAUCUUAAGGAGUUGCUGGAGAAAUCUUUACAUUGUCUGAAAAAAGCAGUGAGACUCGACAGUAAUAAUCACUUAUACUGGAAUGCUCUUGGUGUGGUUGCAUGUUACAGUGGUAUUGGAAAUUAUGCCCUUGCUCAGCACUGUUUCAUCAAAUCAAUCCAGUCAGAACAAAUUAAUGCUGUUGCAUGGACCAACUUGGGAGUGUUAUACCUCACAAAUGAAAAUAUUGAGCAAGCUCAUGAAGCUUUCAAAAUGGCCCAGUCCCUUGAUCCAUCUUACUUAAUGUGCUGGAUUGGACAAGCUCUUAUUGCUGAGGCAGUUGGAAGUUACGACACUAUGGAUCUCUUCAGGCACACUACGGAACUAAAUAUGCAUACUGAAGGAGCUUUAGGUUAUGCGUAUUGGGUCUGCACAACAUUGCAAGAUAAAAGCAACAGAGAAACAGAGCUGUACCAGUACAACAUCCUCCAGAUGAAUGCUAUUCCAGCAGCACAAGUUGUUUUGAAUAAAUACGUAGAAAGAAUUCAGAAUUAUGCUCCAGCUUUCACAAUGUUGGGUUACUUAAACGAACAUCUGCAACUCAAAAAGGAAGCAGCAAAUGCAUACCAAAGGGCAAUUGUGUUGUUACAGAGUGCAGAAGACCAAGAUACUUAUAAUGUUGCGAUGAGAAAUUACGGCAGAUUGUUAUGUUUUAAGUCAACACCCCUUGAAGAGUUAGAAGACAUCAUAGGUUUAGCUUUGGCUUUAUUCAUGAAGGGGCUUUAUAAAGAGAGCAGCAAAGCAUAUGAGAGAGCCUUGUCUAUUGUUGAAUCAGAGCAAGACAAAGCGCAUAUCUUGACAGCUCUGGCAAUAACUGAAUAUAAACAAGGAAAAAUGGAUGUAGCCAAGACAUUGCUAUUUAAAUGCUCUAUCUUAAAGGAACCAACCACAGAAAGCCUUCAAGCCCUGUGUGCUCUAGGGUUGGCAAUGCAGGAUGCUACACUGUCAAAAGCAGCACUUAAUGAGUUACUGAAGCACACCAAACACAAAGACAGUAAUUAUCAGAGGUGCCUUCUUACAUCAGCGAUUUAUGCACUCCAAGGUCGCAGUGUGGCAGUGCAAAAACAAGUAUCUAAAGCUGUUCACAGCAACCCUGGUGACCCUGCUGUUUGGUCUCUGUUGUCUCGAGUUGUUGCACAGUAUGCUCAACGAAAUGCAAAGGGAGGUGUUGUAGCAGGAAAUGUGGCUCAUAUUCUGGACUCAAAUCACGGAAAGGCAUUACUGUACACUGCAGUAAAUCAGUUGGCUAUGGGAAGCAGUUCAGGAGAAGAUGAAAAAAAUAUUGCACUAAAGACCAUUCAGAAGGCAGCUCUCCUUUCUCCAGGUGAUCCUGCUGUCUGGGCUGGGCUAAUGGCAGCCUGUCAUGCUGAUGAUAAACUGGCCUUAGUGAACAAGACUCAGCCAAAGAGGAUAGAUUUAUACUUGGCACUGUUAUCUGCUAUUUCUGCUUCAAUUAAAGACAAAAAAUUCUUUGAAAAUUACAACCAGUCUCUUGAAAAGUGGUCUCUGUCACAAGCUGUCACUGGUCUAAUAGACACAGGAAGAAUAUCUGAAGCUGAAACUCUCUGCACAAAGAAUUUAAAAAGUAACCCUGAUCAGCCAGCCGUUAUCUUACUUUUGAGACAAGUUCAGUGUAAACCACUCCUGGAGUCACAAAAGCCACUCCCAGAUGCUGUACUUGAAGAAUUACAAAAAACAGUCAUGUCCAACUCAACCUCUGUUCCAGCUUGGCAGUGGCUGGCACAUGUGUAUCAGUCCCAAGGAAUGAUGAGAGCUGCAGAGAUGUGUUACAGAAAGAGUCUACAAGUGGCAUCUCAACAGGGCAGUUGGAGUGGGAAGCUCUCAAGUCUGUUGAGACUAGCACUGCUUGCAUUAAAAGUCUGUAUGGCUAACAUUUCCAAUGAUCACUGGCCAUCUUUGGUUCAAGAGGCUACAACUGAGGCCUUGAAACUUUGCUUUUGUCCACUGGCUGUUCUUUUACAAGCUUUAUUACAAUUCAAACGUAAAAUGGGGGCAAGAGAGACACGGCGUCUUUUGGAAAGAGUGGUAUAUCAGCCUGGGUAUCCCAAAUCUAUUGCAUCAACUGCACGUUGGUACCUGCUGAGACACUUAUAUGCCAAAGAUGACUAUGAGCUUAUUGACGUGCUGGUAAAUAAUGCCAAAACUCAUGGAGAUACAAGAGCAUUGGAACUGAAUCAGAGAUUGUCCUCACAGUAACAUUGGAUUAUUUUAGUAAGGAAGCAAAGAAAAAGCUGUAAGAAUGAAGCAGUGAAUCAAGACUUCUUCCCAAAGCAACGUUUUUUUAAACUAUAUUUAUUCCUUUUCUAAAGGAAUCUAAAGAAGUUGAAGUUUUUAAGUUAGGAAUGCAAUUUUCCGUUAACUCCAAACCUGAUUUUAAUCUGAAAAAAAAAAAAAAAAAAACUGGGAAAACCAGAACGAAAGGAAAACCAUUAUUGCCUUGUUGCUUAACAUUAUUUGUAAACCAUUAUUUUCUGCAUCUUGCAUGGUGCCCAAUAGAAUAUCUUUUACUGUAAUCCCUUACAAUAAAGCCUUAAUAGCCAUUUUCUAUGUAAUAUACAAAAGUAGAUUAGCACGAUGCACAAUUUUCUUUUGUUAAAAAUCAAAUUAAAAGAUUUAAUUCCUCCUAUGAAUUCUAAAGUUCGGCAAACCAACUCAUCAUAAGAUCCAAAUAAUCUUGUAACCUAUUUAUCUAGUGAUUCAUCUCAGAUUCUAUUGAAAAAGCAUAAUAUAAAUGUUGAUGAGUCUAGACUCUAAUGGAUAUGUUUAUAUAAUUCCAAACACUCAGGUGUGUGAAUGCAUUUAAAAACAUUACUGGAAAAUAAUGCUGAUAAUAUUUAAUUGAUCAUGCAAUUCCUUCAAUUAUGAUGGAAAGACUUGAACUUUCUGAAAUAAAACAAAAAUACAG